GCUGACGCAAUCCAAGAUGGCGGCCAACGUGUUCCCGUUUCGCGACGCCCGUGCUGCUCCGGAUCCAAUACUGGAGGCCGGGCCCGUGGCACAUGGGCCAGUGCCGCUGGUAUUAGACAAUGGGUCGUUCCAGGUUCGCGCUGGCUGGGCGUGCCCUGGGCUAGAUCCGGGCCACGAGCCGCGUCUGCAGUUCCGCGCCGUGUGCGCCCGGGGCCGGGGCGGGGCUAGGGGCGCUACGGGCCCACAGGUGGGCAACGCGCUGGGCAGCUUGGAACCGCUGCGCUGGAUGCUGCGCUCGCCCUUCGACCGUAAUGUGCCGGUCAACCUGGAGCUGCAGGAGCUGUUGCUUGACUACAGUUUCCAACACCUGGGUGUCUCCUCACAGGGCUGUGUUGAUCACCCUAUAGUUUUGACAGAAGCUGUGUGUAAUCCACUAUAUUCACGUCAAAUGAUGUCUGAGCUCCUCUUUGAGUGUUAUGGAAUUCCAAAGGUUGUGUAUGGAAUAGACAGCCUCUUCAGCUUCUACCACAAUAAGCCAAAGAACUCGAUUUCCAGUGGGCUCAUCAUUUCAUCUGGAUACCAGUGUACGCAUAUUUUGCCCAUCUUAGAAGGAAGGCUAGAUGCCAAAAACUGCAAGCGUAUCAAUCUUGGAGGAAGCCAGGCAGCUGGCUACCUUCAGCGACUCCUCCAGCUGAAGUACCCUGGCCACCUGGCUGCCAUCACACUCAGCCGCAUGGAGGAGAUCCUGCACGAGCACAGCUAUAUCGCUGAGGACUAUGGGGAAGAAUUGCAUAAGUGGCGGUGCCCAGAUUACUACGAGCACAAUGUCCACAAGAUGCAGCUCCCAUUUUCCAGCAAGCUCCUGGGCAGCACUCUGACAUCUGAAGAAAAGCAGGAGAGGCGGCUGCAGCAGCUGCGGCGGCUGCAGGAGCUCAAUGCCCGGCGGCGGGAGGAGAAGCUGCAGCUGGAUCAGGAGCGGCUGGACCGGCUGCUCUAUGUGCAGGAGCUCCUGGAGGAUGGCCAGAUGGAUCAGUUUCACAAAGCUUUGAUAGAGCUGAACAUGGACUCCCCAGAAGAGCUGCAGUCUUACAUACAGAAGCUUAGUUUGGCAGUGGAGCAGGCGAAGCAGAAAACCCUUCAGGCAGAAGUCAGCCUCGAGGUGGAUGUGGUAGACAGCAAGCCAGAGACCCCUGACCUGGAGCAGCUGGAGCCAUCUCUGGAAGAUGUGGAAAGCAUAAAUGAUUUUGAGCCUUUGUUUUCUGAAGAAGCACCUGAAGUAGAGAAGCCCAUCGCCACUGUCCAGCCCGUGUUUAACUUGGCAGCGUAUCAUCAGCUGUUUGUUGGGACAGAAAGAAUUCGCGCUCCAGAAAUUAUUUUCCAGCCAUCUCUCAUAGGAGAGGAGCAGGCAGGGAUAGCAGAGACUCUUCAGUACGUUCUGGACAGGUACUCAAAAGAUACUCAGGAGAAGCUGGUCCAGAACGUUUUCCUUACUGGUGGGAAUGUGAUGUAUCCUGGGAUGAAAGCCAGGAUUGAGAAAGAACUGCUGGAGAUGAGACCCUUCCAGUCUUCUUUCCAGGUUCAGCUGGCCUUGAACCCUGUGCUGGAUGCCUGGUAUGGUGCUCGUGACUGGGCCUUGGACCACCUGGAUGACAUUGAAGCCUGGGUCACCAGGAAAGACUAUGAAGAAAAGGGAGGAGAGUACUUCAAGGAGCACUGUGCCUCGAACAUCUAUGUCCCCAUCCGCCUGCCCAAGCAGGCCUCACGUGCCUCAGAAGCCCCAGCAUCUAGCAAAGGCUCGGCGGCCAGUGGAAGCGGCCCUGGGGAGGCCUAGGCCUCGGGACAGUAUCCCUGUACACACUGCCUUUGAGCCACAUCGGCAGCAUGAUGGGACAGCGACUCUGCUAGGUGUAUCUAGCACAAGUGGUCACACGUGGCUGCAAAGUAGCUUUCUCCGAGGGAGAAGGGGUAUUGCUGCAGGAAGGGGCUUGCAGUGGGCUUUUGGCAUCUGUGGAGCUCACUGUACGUGAGCUGUGGCCUCAGUUCCCACAACAGUAAGGGAGACAGGUGGAGGCUGGAGGUGUGCAGAAGGUGCAAGACAUUCCUACUGUGCUACAGAAACUUUUACUUUAGAAACAUUAAAAAGUUAUCAGUGUA